GGCGCUCCCGCAGGGCUGGGAGAGGGAAGAAGUGCCCAGAAGGUCGGGGCUGUCGGCCGGCCACAGGGAUGUCUUUUACUAUAGCCCAAGCGGGAAGAAGUUCCGUAGCAAGCCGCAGCUGGCACGCUACCUGGGCGGCUCCAUGGACCUGAGCACUUUCGACUUCCGCACGGGCAAGAUGCUUAUGAGCAAGAUGAACAAGAGCCGCCAGCGCGUGCGCUAUGACUCCUCCAACCAGGUCAAGGGCAAGCCUGACCUCAACACAGCGCUGCCUGUGCGGCAGACAGCAUCCAUAUUUAAGCAGCCGGUGACCAAGAUCACCAAUCACCCCAGCAACAAGGUGAAAAGUGACCCUCAGAAGGCGGUAGACCAGCCCCGGCAGCUCUUCUGGGAGAAGAAGCUGAGUGGCCUGAAUGCCUUUGACAUCGCUGAGGAGCUGGUCAAGACCAUGGAUCUCCCCAAGGGCCUACAAGGGGUGGGACCUGGUUGCACAGAUGAGACCCUAUUGUCAGCCAUUGCCAGCGCCCUGCACACAAGCACCAUGCCCAUUACUGGGCAACUUUCAGCUGCUGUGGAGAAGAACCCUGGAGUGUGGCUCAAUACAACACAGCCCUUGUGCAAGGCCUUUAUGGUGACCGACGAGGACAUCAGGAAGCAGGAAGAGCUGGUGCAGCAGGUGCGGAAGCGGCUGGAAGAGGCACUUAUGGCUGACAUGCUGGCCCAUGUAGAGGAACUGGCCCGUGAUGGUGAGGUGCCACUGGACAAGGCCUGUGCAGAUGAGGAGGAGGAGGAGGAGGAGGAAGAAGAACCGGACCAGGACCAGGAGAUGGAGCACAUCUAGGGCAGUGCCAGCUGGGCCCACGGGUACAGAUGCCCUGCCGAGAGCCCUGCACUGCAGGGAUGCCAGCCGUGAGCUGCCUGCAGACUUGACCCUCGGCUGCACUUGGGACCAGGCUUGGUGGCCAGGCCCAGUGUGAUGGGAGGCCACCGCCCCUCCCUGCUCCUUCCUAGUUGUAUCCUGCCUGCCCCAGGCCUCAGGCACGGCUGAGGAUGGCCUCCCACCCAAUGGACCCUCCAUGCCUGCCCUUGGAAGGGCCUGUGUUCUGGAAGUGCUGGUCGCUCCUGGGCCCUGCCUGGCAGGAGGCCCUUCCUGGGUCAUUGCUCCCUAUAUGACAUCAGGCCCCAGACUAGCCUUGUCCCUGGAGACAGAAGAGCUGCCAGCAAAUGCCCACCUGGGCAACACCAGGAUCCAGGGCCAUCUGUGAGGAUUUUUGAGUUGCUGCAUCUCCAUGAGGCUGGAGAAAUACCGGAAGCAGAUUACCUACCUUGUGCCGCCUGUGGGCGUGAUGUACAGCAUGGCUACCUGGUGGGGCAGAGCCAUCCAGAAGGCACACCCAGAGAGUCCUAUCCUAGUAAAUCCAUGAUACACACGGGGCUGGACAUUUACCAGCUGUGUGAGCUUUCAUAUGUGCUGCACUUGGAAGUGAACUCCGGCCUUGGGCUUAUGAGAACCAGACUGUCUUCCCACAGCUGCACUUGAAACCUCUACAAAGCGAGCCAGGCCAAGGCAGCUCUGCCAUUGCCAACCCUGUGCCUCAGUUUCCCCAUCUGUAUAGUGGGGACAGAUAUCUGGCCUUUGGGACAGAGCUGGUACUCUUCGUAAAUGGUGCCCUGAGGCAUGGGGACAGGGGAGAGCUUUUGGCACCAAGGUCAUCCAUGACAUGUUACACAAAUACACUGCCCCCAGCACCUUGGGGCAAGAGGAGCCUCCACACCUACCAGCCUUGCCCUGAGCAGACAGUGCACCAGCACCUUCUCCUCUGGGCUCCAGGAGUGCCUCUGUGGAGGUAUCUUCUCCCAGUCAAGCGAGCCCUCCCAGUUGGGUAUAACCCCACAGAGAGGGCUGCCUCAGGCCCUGCCUUGUGUGGUCAGGCAAGCGUGGGUAUGUUGGAGCUCGUGGAAGCCCUGUUCAGGAGGUUAGGGUCUAACCUAAUGCAACCUCUGAUCAGGUUGCUCGGGUGGGGUUCCAAGGUGUCUCCUACCCCUACAGGUAUGCUGACCUGAAUGGUGCUGAUGGCUUUCCUUUGUUCUGUGUCAGGUCAAAGCACAAUUCUCAGAGGACAAUGGCUGCCAAGUACUGUGGGCUCCAUGUUCUGUGGGGGCUCAGCAUCCCCAGCUGUGGCCUGUGCCCUGCCUGGAGGAGAAAUCUGUGUAAGGGAGAUGUGGGACAGUGGGGUGUCCUGUACCCACAGCUGAUUAAAGCCACUCAGGUGGAAUGUG